AUGAAGUUUCUUGGACCAUUCCACAGGAGAUUGACAUCACAAAUCAACAGCUGUGGACAUAUACCGAACGAAUUUUUGGUUAAGCUGUACUUAUACAACGUUUCGAUGAUAAAUAUUGAUGUGUACUAUAAUUUGAUAAGCUCACUUAAUAGUAGUAGCGAAAAAUGUAAUGACAACACACAUAUUUUGAACAAUCCAUAUUUUAAGGAUGGUAAUUUAGUUUUAUAUAAAUAUAUUCAAAUUUUAAACAAACAGAAUGAAAAAAAGAAAUUAGUAAAAUUAUUAAAAUUAUUGAUAUUAUUAUAUUCAAGAAAUUUAAGGGAAUACAAUGAUAAGAAUAAUUAUUUUUAUAAUUCAUCUGUAGAUGUUCAUAAUUUUGUGUUGCAAAAAUUUUUUCAUUUCCAAUCGAAUGCUUAUUUAACAAAAAAAGAGAAUAAAAAAAAUGAAAAAGGAGUAAGCAUAAUAAACAAAUACAGUUUGUACACGGAUUUCUUUUUAUACUCAUUGGAUUUUUAUUUGUAUCACUUGUCCAACAAUUAUAAUAUCCUUAAUAUAGAGCAAUUAAAUGUUCUUGCCAACAUAUAUGCUAACAUAAACAUAUCAACCGUUUGUAGUAGUCCACCUUAUUUAGAAUGCAAUGAAAAAUAUUACGGAAUAAAUAAUUCCCUAUCUCUGUCUAAAGGAAUAGAAGGAAAUGGAAACCAUCGUAAUGUUAACGACAUUAAGUUUGCUUAUGAAACCUUCGAACACACUAGUUUAAAGAUCAGUGGUGGAACGGAACAUAACAACAAGUUACUCACUUUUGAAAAUAACGUAAACAAUAAAAUAUGCUUACUAUACAUAUAUAUAUCUAAAUGCUUAAUUGAUCAAAUAUAUGCACACAUAAUGAAUAAAAGGUAUAAGUAUGAAAAAAAGGUAAGUCUCAAAACAUUGAUCUCAAAUAAUGUCAACACUUGUGAGAACAUGUUAAAACGUCUGUUAAAAAAAAGUACAUACGAACAAUUCAAGGAAUAUACUAUUUUAAAAAAAAAGUAUGACUAUAAAUUGUUAAGUUUAAAUGUUUUAAAAAAUUAUUUUAAUAGUAUUAAAUACUUAAAUAUUAUAAAUAUAAAAAAAUAUUUUUAUAUCUUGUCUUAUUUAUAUUUCAGUACCUUUUUAUUUACCAGAUCCAUUUACUAUUCAUCUCUUUUUUUCUAUUUGUUACAAAAAUAUAAUUUACAAUAUACUUAUAUUUUUAAUAUACUAUUAAUAAAGUUUAACUUGUUCUUCUUGAAUUACAAAAUAAUGAAUGACUAUAAUGGUCAGAUAAUUUUUGACUCCAUUAGCAAAUAUAUUGAUACGCUUUUAAUCUUUCAAAUAAAACAAAAUGAAAGGGGAAAUAGGAAAAACUCAGCCCUAACCUCGAGCAAUAAUGAUGAAGAGAGAAAAAAAUGUAUGGCUAACUUUCCAUCCUCUCACGAUUUUUAUAUUAAUAUUUACAAAAAGGAGUAUUCAAAAAAUGAAAUUAUACACAAAAUUUUAUAUAACGAAGUUUAUGACUGCCAUAAAGUGUACAUGCCCUUUUUGACAUAUUUUGAACAUAGCCUUUUUAAUUUAUUCAAAUACUUAUAUUACAAAAUUCCUUGGUUUGAAAGAAACAAAAAUAAGACAGAAAUGAACACAAAUAGUGUAGAAAAAACUUCACACAAAUUUAAAUGUUUUAUUAACAAAAAAUAUAAUAACAAAUAUUACCUGACCAUGUCAGAAAAUUUUUUAUCGAAUAUUAUACUCUUAUCCAUUUAUGUUCAGAAUUGUUUGCCAUUACUGUUUUCCGUCAUGCAGAAGGCUGAAAUGUUGUCUACAAAAAGAACAAGAAGUACGAAAAUAAAUAUAAGUGCAAAAAGAUGGGCAAGAAAAAACGAAGAUAUUAAUUUAUACAAGCGGAUUAGUUUAAUACCAGUUGAUAGGGAAAACAGCAAUCCUGUAAAAAGGAGGAAAAAUAGAAGUAUAUUUACCCAGUUAUUUUAUGCCCGAUAUGUGUGCAAUAAUUUUAUAUACAAAAAAUACAUAAAUGAAAAGGAAAAUAAUAUAGUAAACCCUUUUGUAAUUUUACUAUUUACUAUAUAUAAUAUAUUUAGAGAAAAAAUUGUAAAUAUGCACAAUGUUUAUGAAGAUAUCAAUAUUUGCAAUAAAUAUAAAAAAAAAAAUAUAGAAGAAUCAAAAAUGUAUUAUAACAUAAAAAGAAAUAAAAAUAACAAAAUUCAAACGAGUCUUACACAUUAUUACAUAAGUAGUAAUUUAAAAAAAAUAAAUGAUACUAAUUUAUACAAUGAAAAAAAUAUUUUAACUUUUUAUUGUGACAUACAUUUUAACAACAAUAUAAUUGAAGUGGAUGGACCAAAACAUUUUUUAAUGUACUAUGAUUAUUAUGUACAAAACUUUUCAGAAAAUUAUUUUACCAAUUUUAUUCUUAAAAAUAAAUAUAUAUUUGAUAACAAUUACCUUUUCCCCUUCUUUUUUAAUAACAUAAGUGCUUUAAAAUUGAAGGGCAAUCAGAAUAAUAAAUAUUAUUUAUAUAAUGACAAAAGCAUAAAAAAAAACUUUUUUUUGUACAUAUAUGGCUAUUUCAUAAAACAUAUAAAUUAUAGUGAAUGGGAUAUCACAAGUUACAAGUAUUUGUAUGAUGUGCUGUUUAAAAAAAAGAGUGAGUUGCAUGUUAAUUCGUAUAUCAACUAG